CGCUCUUCCAGUUCAUCACGAUUUCUCCCGACAUAUGCACCACAACUGCCAACACGCAAGGAAUUUGUUACUCGGCCGCCGACUGCACCAACUUGCAGGGCACCGCAAGCGGCACCUGCGCGGCGGGCUUCGGAGUUUGCUGCACGUUUACGCGCAAUUGUGAGUCGUCCACGAACGUCAACGGAACGCUAUUCCAGAAUCCAGAAUAUCCAUCGGCUACAACCACUGCUCCUGGUUCUUGCAAACUGACAGUUGUUCCUGUCAAUGAAAAUAUCUGCCAGAUUCGUUUAGACUUGAUGGAAUUCACUCUAGCUCAACCCGAUGAGAACGGGGUUUGUGCCGACGACUUCCUGCAAGUGACUGGGGGAACGACAACUAUCCCAGCGAUUUGUGGACAAAAUAAUUUACAGCAUAUGUACGUCGAAGUGAGCCCUGGAUCUGGGAGCGUCUCGAUCAACGUUGACACCUUUACAGCGGGAGCCAAGUGGAACAUCUCCGUCACACAAAUAGAAUGUAGUUCGCCGUACCGAGCCCCGGCGGGCUGCCUCCAGUACUUCACUAACACACAUGGAACCAUCAAAAGCUUCAACUACGACGCCACGACCUUCACCUCGCCCACCACUCCACCCCCGGCCACCACACCAACCACGCAGCUGGCCAGCCAGGUAUACGGCGUCUGCAUCAAGUCGCAGUCAGGCUACUGCAGCGUCGCCUACACGAAAACUUCUGCGACGCCCAAUGACUACACCUUCUCCUUGAGUGAUGAUCCGGGUCCACUGCCUGUAGGAGCAAUCGGAUCAAUUGGCAGUACAGACUGCACAACGGAUUACUUGAUGAUUCCUAUGGGGAUCAUAACUAACGUCCCAGCCUACCCCGCCACCUCCGCUGAUCGUUACUGCGGCAUAAACUUCCCAAGUAAAGUUGAAACCUCCAUUCAGCCGUUUGCACUCUACGUGGUCACCGACGAUACAGAAACCAACUAUGCAGAUCCAGCACUCAACGAUGGCCCCAACGUGGGCUUUUCCAUAGACUACCGAAUGAAGGCUUGCUAACUUCCCAUUUUUCAUUGUUCUAAUGUUAUCGUAGUUGUUGCUAAUGAAAUUUUGUGUCGCAUAGGUUGUGCCGCGCAUGGAAGUUAUACCGCCAUACAUCAGCUCAUAGCUUUGCUGUCGGGUUUGUUGGAUUGUAGUUUUCCAUAUGUACUGUAAAAUAAGGUUGUAUCACUGUGCGGUUUGUGACCCCGACAAAUUUAUUGUUGUUUCAACCAUUCAUUUAUUAAAUUUGGCGUUAACGCAUUAUAAUCGUUGUAAUGACGGUUUUGCUUCAGAUUUUGGGGUUCAUGGAUUUAUACAAGGAUUCAUGGUUGGAAAAUAUAUUUCUUGUCAGUG